UACCCUCGAAUAUAUAAGAAAUGUUGGACUAUCUGGCAACACGGGGAUUUUGCAAAUGGGUGAUGUACAUAAUAUUGCCCCAAUCUCGCAGACAGAUCUGAUAUUCGACAUCCGACCUAUAUUAUCAAGCUAUUGCUAUGAUUUCUUUGUUAUUGGAUCAGGUUUUGCCGCAAAACCAUCUAUGCCUUACAAUGGUCAUCUUACUAUAAACGCGAUAAUCUCAGCAAAUCCCACAAAUAUUCUUAAUAAUAGUCGUAUCGUUUAUGAGGAUGCUAAUACUGAGCGGAUAAGAUCGCAAACUGUCAACGAUCCCAAUCAAAUAAAAUGCUCUAUGUUUGGCAACUUCUUUUUUAGUGAAGGUAGACGAGGAAUGAUGAUUAAAAUUCGCGCUAAAGGACGCAAAACCAUUUAUAACCUUACAUCGUUAAUACAGUACUCUCUAUAUUUUCAUUGUCGAUAUCCAAUCGGUUUAGGUGUCGUGCUCGAAAUAGAUGGGGGAAAAAUGUUAUUAUAUAUCACACCAGAAAAUUAUCCAGAAUGGUUUACCCCAAACAUGGAUUUUGACAGAUGGUUAAAGUUAUAUCAAUUCGACUGCAUAAAUCUAAUAGCUAUAGGCGCAUUAACCAACCUUCUAAUGACACAGAGAUCUCACGGAUGUCAGACGCUAGCGAAUCCUUACAGGUUUAACAUUUUCCCCAAUUAUGAAACGGGCGGAGAAUUUUGUUUCGAUAUGACACCGGAUGAAACAGAGUACAUUGGUUAUUUCAAUAUAGCGCAAAGAAUAUAUUUUUAAAUAUGACAAAUAUUUUUAUUCUUGAUAUAAAAUCAUGUGUCGCGAGAAAUUCAGGUGAGAUGUUUCUAUAAAGUGACAAAGAUAUUCUUGACAAGGAUAUCUCACAUAAAUCUUUAGGAGAAGAAGAAAGGGGGAUUAUCUCCGCACAAAGAUUAUUUUUUUUUAUUUUCGGACGCAACAAAUCGCAAUGUUGUUAUUAAUAUUUUAAUUUACUGACUGAAAUAACGUAGUUCAAAUGGUCUACGUUUCUGUUUUAAUUCAUGACAAAGAAAAAUAUCAAAAAGACGUUUUAGAGUUUGAUGAUAUUUUCCUAUAUUUUUCCUCUUACUUUCUCUACAGAUGAAAUAAUUUUGUGUGUGUGUGUGUGUGUGUAUGUUCGACUUCUUUUACAAACAAUUGGUAUAAAGAUACAUGCACACAAAAUACAUAUUUGUAGAUAAUUACGACUAUCUGAAUUAGAUGGCGUAAACAAACAUAGAACUGUAUCUACUGCAAAACAUUAAAUUUUAAUUUCGUGAAA